AUGGCGUCCGCAUCGGAAAAGUACUACAUUAAAGAUGCAAUCACGAAACCAGCCAUCCACCACGAGUCAUUUCAGAAACUAUGGGAGACCAAAUGGAAGGGACCUUGUGCAAUGGGUGUCUAUCCAUUCAUGUUCGGCAGCAUCAAGGACUUUGAGCCGAUUGCGGAGGAGAUCAUCAAGAGAGGCUUGAAAGAGCCGUACGACUGGGAUGAGUACGCCCAGAUAUAUUUCCCCAAGGCCGAAGAACUCAGCAAGAUUGCCGAAGAGGCGGAGAAGGCGGGUGAGAUAGAGAAGGCCUCAGAGUAUUAUCUGCGGAGCUCUGCUGUCUACCGUGUCUCGCGCUUCCCUACACCCCGGGGGGAGAAGCAAAAAUAUGCCUGGACGAUCGGGAAAGAGAUGUUCUACAAGGGCACAGCUCUGUUGGAGCAUCCUAUCAAAGAGGUCCGGAUCCCUCACAAGCAUGCCAUCCAAGGGGAGGGUGAUGUCGUUCCGGUCAACUUUCUCGUCCCUCCGAAUGCUUCCCCUCAGUCUCCCGCUCCGUGCGUCCUCAUCAUCACCGGGCUUGACGGCUAUCGAACCGAACUGGCAGUGUGGCAGGAGGGCUUCCUUCAGAAAGGGGUGGCUACGAUCGUCGCCGAGAUCCCAGGCACUGGCGACUCACCGGCCCUUCGUCAGGAUCCCACAAGCCCUGACCGUCAAUGGUCCAGCGUGCUGGACUGGAUUGACACGCAAAAGGAAAUCGACAGCAAGAAGAUCAUUGCCUGGGGCUUCUCGACUGGUGGCUACUACUCGCUUAGACUAGCCCACACCCACCAUGACCGACUCUUCGCCAGCAUCAGCUUGGGCGGCGGAUGCCAUCACAUGUUUGACCGGGAGUGGCUCGAAAAUGUGAACAAACUGGAAUACCCUUUCGAUCUCGCCACUACUUUGACGUACAAAUUCGGCUACCCCGACCUGGAAUCCUUCAUCCAAGACGCUGGAAAAUUCUCGUUAUUGAAUGACGGCACCCUGGAAAAACCGUGUACCAAGGUAUUGCUGGUAAAUGGAAACGACGACGAAAUCUUUCCGAUUGAUGACCUGUUUGUGGCUCUUGAACAUGGCGGACCGAAGCUGGCAAGAAUGGUCAAGGGCAAAAAGCACAUGGGAGAACCGGACAGUUUCUUCAUAAUCUUGAAGUGGAUCUAUGGAGUACUUGGCAUCCAAGGCAACAUAAUGGACCAGAUGAAGCUGUUGCCCUCGCGCACCAAGUAUUAG